AGCCAAGAUGGCGCCGCCUGCUGAGCUUCCCAUGUGCUGUUUCCGGUCAUACACGGAAGCGCGAUUCCUGGCGGUAGCUGAGGCGGUAGGCGGUUGCCAGCCGUGUGGGUUCUCUUAAAUUGCUCGCUGCGUAGCCAGUCAGCAGCGAACAUGUCUAGCAGAAACAAUAAUAAGCUGCCCAGCAACCUGCCGCAGUUACAGAAUCUUAUCAAGCGGGACCCGCCGGCCUACAUCGAGGAGUUUCUACAGCAGUAUAAUCACUACAAAUCCAAUGUGGAGAUUUUCAAAUUACAACCAAAUAAACCCAGCAAGGAACUGGCAGAGCUGGUGAUGUUUAUGGCACAGAUUGGUCACUGUUAUCCAGAACAUUUAAGUAACUUUCCUCAAGAACUGAAGGAUCUUCUCUCCUACAACCACACUGUCCUGGAUCCAGAUCUCCGAAUGACAUUUUGCAAAGCUUUGAUCUUGCUGAGGAAUAAGAAUCUCAUCAAUCCAUCAAGUUUGCUAGAACUCUUCUUUGAACUUCUACGUUGCCACGAUAAGCUCCUGCGCAAGACUUUGUAUACUCACAUUGUGACUGAUAUCAAAAAUAUAAAUGCAAAACACAAGAACAAUAAAGUGAAUAUAGUUUUACAGAAUUUCAUGUAUACCAUGUUAAGAGACAGCAAUGCAACUGCAGCCAAGAUAUCUUUAGAUGUGAUGAUUGAACUCUACAGAAGAAAUAUCUGGAAUGAUGCCAAAACUGUCAAUGUGAUCACAACAGCAUGUUUCUCUAAGGUCACCAAGAUAUUAGUUGCUGCUUUGACAUUCUUCCUUGGGAAAGACGAAGAGGAGAAACAGGGCAGUGACUCAGAAUCUGAGGAUGACACACCAACAGCAAGAGACCUGCUGGUGCAGUAUGCCACAGGGAAGAAAAGCUCCAAAAACAAGAAGAAGUUAGAAAAGGCUAUGAAAGUGCUCAAGAAACAAAAGAAGAAGAAAAAACCAGAAGUGUUCAACUUUUCAGCGAUUCAUUUGAUUCAUGAUCCCCAAGAUUUUGCAGAAAAGCUACUGAAGCAGCUAGAGAGUUCUAAGGAGAGGUUUGAGGUGAAGAUGAUGCUCAUGAACCUCAUCUCCAGAUUGGUGGGAAUUCACGAGCUUUUUCUCUUCAACUUCUAUCCCUUUGUGCAGAGAUUUCUGCAGCCCCACCAAAGAGAAGUAACAAAGAUCCUUCUGUUUGCUGCACAAGCAUCUCAUCACUUAGUACCUCCAGAGAUCAUCCAGUCUUUGCUCAUGACGGUGGCCAACAACUUUGUUACCGACAAGAACUCUGGGGAAGUCAUGACCGUAGGAAUCAAUGCUAUAAAAGAGAUAACAGCUCGAUGUCCUCUAGCUAUGACUGAAGAACUUCUCCAAGACCUGGCUCAGUAUAAAACACACAAAGAUAAGAAUGUGAUGAUGUCUGCUAGAACUUUGAUUCAGCUCUUCCGAACACUGAAUCCUCAGAUGUUGCAAAAGAAAUUCCGGGGUAAGCCUACAGAGGCGUCCUUAGAAGCAAGAGUGCAAGAAUAUGGAGAACUAGAUGCUAAAGAUUACAUUCCAGGAGCAGAAAUCCUGGAAGUUGAAAAAGAAGAAAAUGCUGAAGAGGAUGGAGACGGGUGGGAGAGUACCAGCCUCAGUGACGAAGCAGACUCCGAUGGUGAGUGGGUUGACGUGCACCAUUCUUCCGAUGAAGAGCAGAAAGAAAUUUCCGAGAAGCUGAACAGCAUGCCUUUGGAGGAGCGGAAAGCCAAAGCUGCAGCCGUCAGCACCAGCCGGGUCUUAAGUCAGGAAGACUUCCAGAAAAUCCGAAUGGCCCAAAUGAGGAAAGAACUCGACGCGGCCCCCGGGAAAGCCCAGAAGAGGAAGUACGUGGAAAUAGACAGUGAUGAGGAGCCCAGGGGUGAGUUACUUUCGCUUCGGGACAUUGAACGCCUUCAUAAAAAGCCAAAGUCUGACAAGGAGACAAGACUAGCAACUGCAAUGGCCGGAAAGACAGACCGGAAAGAAUUUGUGAGGAAGAAGACCAAGAUGAAUCCAUUUUCCAGUUCCACAAAUAAAGAGAAGAAAAAGCAGAAGAACUUUAUGAUGAUGCGGUAUAGUCAUAACGUCCGGUCCAAAAAUAAGCGUUCCUUCCGAGAAAAGCAGCUGGCACUACGAGAUGCACUUUUGAAAAAGAGAAAAAGAAUGAAGUAACUUCCAAGCAAGUUUUCCAUUCCAAGAAGAAUGCUAAACUUGUGUCAUGACUCUGAAAAUUAAUAAAUUAAGAAUGUUUGUUUACUGUAAAAAGUCUAGAAGCACCAUAUUGUGAAAACCACAGUAAACUUGGUAGCUUUUGGUGGUGGUAUUUUAGAGAUGGGUAGUGGUGAGAGUGUUUGAAAUGUUAACAGCAGCAGUGUUGUAAAAUCAUUUUCAUUUAGUGUUCAUGCGAUAUAUAUAUUGCACUAAAUGAAAAUGGUUAUAAAUAAAUACAUAUACAGUGUUCAUUAUAUAUAUACACAUAUAUAGAGAGUGCCUUUUAAUUGUCAUUGAAGAUAUAAAAAUAGAGGAGCCAUAAGUCCUCAGUCAAGGCAUUUACAGCCUGUUUUCGGGAUGGGGCGAGGGACAGGUGUGUAUAUGUGUGUUUACACUGCAGCAUACAUGGUUCUCUAGUAGAGAUAGGUCCAUGAAUCUGUGGGGUCACCAAGGCCUUAUGCACUAACUCUGCAGGGCAUGGGAGUUAUAUAUUCUCUUAAAACAGGACACUGUUACAAAAGUAAGAGGAUCUUACUUGUAAAUAGGCUUAUAUGAUGAAAACAGGUCCCUGCUGUACAGAUUUUGAGUAGACAGUUUAGCUUUUUUGGUCCAUUCAUCCAAAAGAUGUAAAUUUUUUUUAAGGCCAAGUACCAGCUUUUUGGUUAAGACCUUGCUUUUUUUCUUUGGUCUUUUUUUUUUUUUUUUUUUUUUUUUUAGGGCCACACCCAUGACAUGUGGAGAUUCCCAGGCUAGGGGUCGAAUUAGAGCUGUAGCUGCAAGCCUGUACCUCAGCCACAGAAACAAGGGAUCCAAGCUGCAUCUGUGACCUACAGCACAGCUCACGGCAAUGCCAGAUCCUUAACCCACUGAGUGAGGCCAGAGAGCGAACCCAAGUCCUCAUGGAUACUAGUCAGGUUCAUUGACCACCGAGCCACGACGGGAACUCCCAACUUUGCUUUUAAAUUGCUUUAAGUAUGUAAUUUUUUUUUUUUUUUUUUUUUUGCCAAGUACAGGCUUUUUGAUUAAGACCUUGCUUUUAAAUUGCCUUAAGUAAUCUUGGAAUGGCUUUAGUUCAUCAUUUGGGCUGCCCACUCUGCCAGAGAGGAAAAAGAGAUCAGAUUGGUGUCCUCAGCCUUCCUUCACCCUGUAAUAUUUUCAGCCCACUGUUUGCCCUGUCUCAGUAAAUGUUUUCUGGUGUUAAAUAGGUGCUCUGUGUGCUUGAGUGGGGUGUGUUGUAUCCCUUUCCUAGGCAUGCUUGAGUGGAUUCAGGGCCAUGAGAACCAUGGUCCGUCAGUUUGCAAGUUGUAUUUGGAAAUAAUUCGGUACCCUUUGUCCCUGAUUUCUUAGAUACUACUUGUUAGUUGGGAAAAAAUUGCUUCAAACUAGAGUCAAAGACAGUUUUCCGCUUACUCAGCAACUUCUAAAACCACUUUUCUUGUUCCUCUUCCAGCAUCUUCUGUUCACUCUCUGAGUUCAACUUCAGUUUUAUUUGAAUGAAACUUUGUACCUUUCUCUAAGAUGCCCCGUACCCCUGGGGAUUCGUUGUGAAGACCUUGAGGCUUAAUGAUUAAAUUGCACUGGCCUAGUGAGAGGAGCCCUCAGUCAACCCCCAGCAACGUCAGUGUUUCUCAGGAAGUGUCUGAUGCAAAUUUGAAUGUUUUAGAACUGAAACUGCUCCCUUUUCUUUUGCCUGUUUGAAUGAUGCAUCUCCAGAUGUGUCUAGCUCCAGGGAGAGGUGAAUAAAAUUCAGAAUGACCUAGCAGCUAGAGUCUACAGCUUUGCCGUGUGAACUGUGUUAGUGCCUGGAACUUCUGUCCUUCCCCUAAACUUGCCCAGCCCACUUAGUGCCCAGAGGCCAGAGUCCAUUCUGUGUUCUGAUGGUCGUUCUUCUAUUGCUCUUAACUGAGGUUUAUAUGGAAGCUAGGUUUCUGGCUUAAAAAGCUAUAGUCUUUUACUUCUUUCAUCCCAUAGUAUCAUCUUCCUAUCUGAUUCCUUUUUUUUAUGUUAUAAGCCCUCUUGAGAAUAUUUUGUUUAUUCUAAAUCUGGAGGUCAGAUCCUCGUAAUGUUGGAUGUUACCAGCAAAGGUAGAGUAACCUUCAGGUUGACUUUAACCUUGAAGAAGUCACUAGGGUGUGAGCUUCAGCUUUUUAAUCUCAGAUUUUUGUCAGCAUUGAGAAUGGUUCAUUUCAGGGAUGAACUUCACAUUAUCCAAGCUCAUAAUAUAUAUCAAGUAAUGCCUAAAUCUAGAAUGCUGAUGUAUAUUUCAUCUUAGCAAGUUCCACUAGACAUAGACAGUAAGCUCCACUAAAGGCAGAGUUUGUUCUGUGCUGCAUCUCCAGGGCUAGUUCAGUGCCCAGUACAUCGGUACUCAACAAAUAUUUGGAUACCUGCUAUAACCCCCAUCUGUCAGUCUUCUCUCUAUAAAGAACAUACCACCUACCUCCUUGAUUAUUUUGAGAAUUUUGAGAACUAAUGUUUAUAAGCACUUAGCGUGGUAUUUGCCAGAAAGUAAGCAUUCAGUAAAUUUCUUAUUAAAGAUUAGAUACCUGUUUUUAUUUUAUUUUUUGCUUAAUUUGCUUGAAACAACAAUUGCAGUUGCUACAAAUAUUUGUUUUAGCCCUUACCCAUUUAGGGGGAACUAGUUUGAAAUAUAAAGAUGUAUAUUGAAUGUUGGCUGUGUACAAAGCGCUCUGCUAGAAGCCAUGUUGGUUGCAAAUACAAUGUCCACGCGAUAGAGAAACGCCUAAUCCAGGAAAGGAAAUAGACUCACAAAAUGACUACACAAGGCACAGCACAGGGCUAGGGCCGUCCUGGGAAGGGACAGCUGAGCUGGCAGAAGGGUGAAAGGCCUGUUUGCCAACACCCGAAUACUUCUGAUGAACAAGGCAGCAGUAGCAGAGAAAUUCCUGAAUCACAAAAGAAAAGAGUUUGAAAGUUGCACUAGGAAUUCCUGUCGUGGCACAGUGGUUAACGAAUCUGAUUAGGAACCAUGAGGUUGCAGGUUUGAUCCCUGGCCUUGCUCAGUGGGUUAAGAAUCUGGCAUUGCCGUGAGCUGUGGUGUAGGCCAGCAGCUGUAGCUCGGAUUUGACUCCUAGCCUGGGAACCUCCAUAUGCUGCAAGUGUGGCCCUAAGAA